AUGUUUCUCUUUCAGUUUGCUCCGAUUAUUACUGUAUUAUUCUUCUUCGGUAUGCCAAUACUCAAAGUCGUCAACAGGAGCACAUAUAUUUGUGUUGAGAAUGGAGUGUUCGGGACAUUGACUGUAUGCGAAAAUCGUUUGGACAGCUGUUGGACAGGCGUACAACAUCAACCGAACGACAACGAGGCUCAGCCCGUAUCGCCUCGUCCAUCUGUUCGAAGUCGGAGGAGUGCCAGUCAAGUUCGAGAUGGUGAAUCUUCUGACGAGGUAUGCCGUUCAUUUCUUGGUUUGGAAAUAGUCUAG